ACAAAGGUCGACCGGAAUUCGGGCUUCGAUCAGGAUUUCGGAGUCUGAUCUCGAUUCUGGAUCUCCCCACUCGUGCCCAGCUCUGUGUAAUGCUCACGUGAUAUGCCACUGCUGCGAUUGCAAUAGCGAUUCGAACCGAUUGCACCGUCGGGACGAUGAUGAGGGGCGGAGCCGAGUGGGUGUCGUGCCGAGGCGGCCGGACGCUGGAAUUCUUGAGUCGACGCAGAGGAAUGUCUGUGGUCGAUUGGUCCGGACGGCCGACGAUGUUAGGCGAUGGUGCGGGGGAGAGAGUUUGUUUGGGGAACGGAAGCAGUGCGCAUGAUUUGGGUAUGUGUUGGAAGGGCGCCCGGAGCAGCUGCCGCAGCAGCCGGAUGUCGAUCAGAAGCGCCUUGUGUAUGGAAAAUGGAGGUGUGAUGGAGGAGAAACCGGUGCUUUACGGUUCAGAAUUGCAGGGCUUUGCAGACCGUGUGGCUGCUUGUAAUGGUGGCAGAGCAAGGAGUACAGAGUUUCUACCUUUCAAGAUUGACAAUUAUACACUUGGCUACAUACACCAUCGUUUGGCUCAACAUCUCAAACGAUUUUCGGAUGUGUUUUCAAUUGAAGGAGAUGAGGAUGUCAGCCGAAUCGCCAGCGGAAGCUCCAAGUUGAGUUAUGUGACCCUCGACCCAAGCCUGUCGUCCCCUGAAAAGCGCACUAAAGCAGUAGCCGGAGUUUUGGAAACUCUGAAAGGCGAAGGCUUAAUCACAGGUUGGCGUAACGAGCUGUAUCCAGUAGUUCAAAAUUAUGGAGAGCCACCUUUCUUCUUGAUGGAAAGAGCAGCAGCCAAGCACUUCGGGAUCAGAUCCUUCGGAGUUCACAUGAAUGGCUACGUCAACAUAGAUGGAGAAAAGCACUUGUGGGUUGCAAGAAGAAGUGACACCAAAUCUACUUACCCCGGAAGGUUGGACCACAUUGUUGCAGGUGGGCAGCCUGAAGGAAUCAGCUGUAAAGAGAACGUCAUCAAGGAAUGCGACGAAGAAGCUGGCAUACCUCGUGAUCUGGCUGCGAAAGCCGUGGCUGUAGGAGCUGUCAGCUACGAUGAGAUCUACGGAGAUUGCUAUAGCAGAGAUCUUCUCUUUUGCUAUGACCUUGAACUACCCCUGGAUUUUCAACCAUACAACAAGGAUGGUGAAGUGCAAAGUUUCAUGAGAGUACCCGUCUCUGAAGUGGUGAACGUUAUCAGAGACACGGAAGAAUAUAAGCCGAACUGUGCUCUCGUCAUCAUCGAUUUUUUCAUCAGACAUGGGUACAUUACCCCGGAGCAGAAAGGAUAUAUACAUUUGCUUCAGAGCUUACGCUCCGGAGACACGUCGUAGCUCCAUCUCAAUUAUGGACAUAUUGUCGAACUUGAAGCCCGUCAGGAAAUUAUUACUCUCGCUUUCAAGAGCCAGGAGAACAUGGCGCGAAGUGCUUCGCAAAUCAGUCCUGAAAGGGCAUGUCCUAAAUCGCGUUCCGUUUCUUCUUCUGCAUGUGGAGGUGGAAUUCAAAUGCUCCUCGGUUUCUCAACAGCCAGACUUAGUGUUGCAGUACCCAGCGCCUUUGGUCGAGUCGAAUGGCCCGAGUGGUACAAGCUGGCACCGAAAUGAUCGAAGCAAUUUGCCCCCGCAAUCACUGAUUUUCGAAGCAAACAAGCACCCAAUUCUUGGAAGACUUCCUCAUGAAUUCCAUCAUGGAUUCACGAAAUCCUAGCAGUUUGAUUGUAGAUCAUUCAUUUGGCUCGUACGAAGCUUAUUUUGCUUCUAAAUUUCGAUACGAACAGUAUCACUCUGUACUCCUAUUGACUGGAAGA